UAUUGGCGUUUACUACAAUGUCAGUGUGAUGGUUUAAGAUCAAAAUAGAAUUAUAUGACAAUGACAAACAAUCUCAUUGUCAAAAUUUUUGGUUUAUGAGAUGAUUAACCCAGUACAAGAAAUUAUGCAGCAGUUGUUUUGAUUUUUUAAGCGAGAAGAUUCCCAAAGGACAGUCCAUAGGACCAGUCCUAGAAUAUAAUAUAGAUGGUGAAUUAAAAUGAAUUUUUUGAAAUUGAAGUUUGCAAACAAGACAGAAAACUCAUCGAAAUACCAAAUCCGUAAAGUUCAAGGUAUGAACAAAAACUAGUAAAAUCGUAAGUGUUACUGCGGAAGUUUUUAAGCAAAGAUGAUGAAAAUACCGUGCGUGGCUCCUUAUCCCGUUCUUCCAAAGACUCUUAAAGCAACCCUCCAGUAUAUAUGGGUCGGCAAAAAAAUAGGCAGCGGCAAUUUCGGGGAACUCAGAUUGGGAAAGAAUUUGUAUAAUAACGAACACGUCGCCAUCAAAUUGGAACCUCUUAAAUCCAAAGCGCCGCAAUUACAUUUAGAAUACAGGUUUUAUCAGAUGUUGGGAGAACAUGAGGGUGUCGCUAAAGUAUUCCAUUUGGGUACUUGCGGUGGUAGGUACAACGCGUUGGUAAUGGAAUUGCUGGGACCGAGUUUGGAAGAUUUGUUCUCGAUAUGCAGUAGACGAUUUAAACUCAAAACAGUUCUGAUGAUAGCAGACCAAUUGAUAACUAGACUAGAAUACGUUCACAGUAAAAGACUGAUAUUCCGCGAUAUAAAACCCGAGAAUUUUCUAAUCGGUAGAACAAGAAAUAAAAAAGAUAAAAUUAUACAUAUCAUAGAUUUCGGUUUGGCUAAGGAAUACAUAGAUCCUGAUACGGGGAAACACAUACCUUAUAAAGAACAUAAAUCUUUGACUGGUACAGCCCGCUACAUGAGUAUAAACACCCAUCUGGGUCGAGAACAGUCCCGGAGGGAUGAUUUAGAGGCAUUGGGACAUAUGUUUAUGUACUUUUUGAGGGGUUCGCUACCCUGGCAAGGCCUCAAAGCAGACACUUUAAAGGAACGAUAUCAAAAAAUAGGGGAAACUAAUAGGGCUACUACGAUUGAGAGUCUUUGUGAAGGACAGCCUGAAGAAUGGGCUACGUACAUGAGAUACGUACGAAAGUUGGAUUUUACGGAAACUCCAGAUUAUGAUUAUCUUAGGAAACUCUUCAGUGAUCUUUAUAUUAGGAAAGGAUACGCGGAAGAUGGAAUAUUUGAUUGGACAGAAGUUCAAUCGCAUCGUUCCAAAACGGUGUUGCCAAAUCCGUUCAAUAGUUUCGGAACUAAAUUAAUGGACACAAUUAACGCUGAUAAGAUCGAGUAUCGUGGUUAAGUUCGGAUGAAAGAAGAGAAAGUCAAAAAGGCAAAACUUGACGGAUUUUCGAACAUGUAGAUUCGAUUUAUAUAAGAUAUCGACUGUAUAUUUUAUCGUAAAAUAUCUAGUAAACUAUCGUAUA